UUCUUAUUCUUAUCAUAACAAUUUCAUAUUUUAAUUCGCAAAUCACAAAAACCAUCAUUAAUUCAUCUUCCUCAAUUCACAAAAACUACAUAUUCUUACAUACUAUAAUGUCUCAAAAAACAUCAUCGUUCUACCCACAAGUUGAAUCCACCAACCCAGACGCAAACUCUCCUUUCUCUCAUUCAUCUUCUUCUUCAUCAUCCAUGUAUCCUUCAAUCACCACUAAUAAUCUCUCCUCACAAUAUUCAAACACAACACAACCACAAGAACAUGUUCUUGUUACUGUCCCAAACGUGAUUCUUCAUCUCAUACAAAAAGACUCAAGCGUCCACUUAGCUUCUGGUGACUUAACCAUAGUAAAUCUCAAAGAAGAGGAAAAAGUCAUAGCAGUUCUUGCUCGCAUAGGUCAUCAAAUCCAAUGGCCAUUAGCCAAAGACGUUUCAACACUAAAACUCGACGAAUCCCAUUAUUUUUUCACACUUCAGAUUCCAAAGAGUGAUAAAACAGAGAACGAGGAUGAUGUUUUAAACUACGGAAUGACGGUUGAAACAAAUGGGUCAGAGAAAUUUUCAAUUUUGAAGAAACUUGAUGAAGUUCUUGACAAGUAUAGUUUUUUUUCGGUGGAAAAAGUGAAGGGUGUUAAAGGGUGGGAAGUUUUGGAGAAAAAGGAAGUUGUUGAGGAAAGUUCUGCUGCUGCUUAUUGGACAACGUUGGCACCAAACGUGGAAGAUUAUAGUGGAAGAUUUGCAAGAUGGAUUGCUGCUGGUUCAGGACAAAUGAUUAGAGGAAUUUUGUUUUGUGGUGAUGUUACUGUUGAUAGAUUGAAAUGGGGGAAUGAUUUCAUGAAGAAAAGGUUGCAACCUGGUUCUUCUCAAUCACAGAUUAGUCCAUAUGCUAUGGAGAGUAUGAAAAGUGUUAAGAAGUUGACAAAAAUGUCAGAGAAAGUGGCUCUUGGUGUUCUAUCUGGUGCUGUUAAGGUGUCUGGAUUCUUUACUAGUUCUGUUGUGAACUCUAAACCUGGGAAAAAAUUCUUUAGUCUUCUUCCUGGAGAAAUUGUACUUGCUAGCCUUGAUGGAUUCAAUAAGGUAUGUGAUGCUGUAGAAGUAGCUGGAAGGAAUGUUAUGUCUACUUCAUCAGUUGUGACUACUGGACUAGUUUCACAUAAAUAUGGAGAAAAAGCAGGUGAGAUUACAAAUGAAGGACUUGAUGCUGCAGGACAUGCAUUUGGUACAGCUUGGGCUGUGUUUAAACUCAGGAAGGCACUUAAUCCUAAGAGUGUGAUCAAACCAACAACAAUAGCUAAAGCUGCUGCACAAGCAACUUCUGCUCAACUCAAGGCUAAGAAAUAACUAGGCAUGUCAACAAGAGAAUACAUUAUAGACACACAUAGACAGUAGUUUAAUGUUUUCUUAGAGAAGUGUUCUUUACAAUGGUUUAAUGUUUUCUUAAGUCCUUGUUUACCAUUUAGUUGAUUAGAGAAUUUGUAUAAUAACUUGUUAUAAGUUAUCAGGAGAGACUGAUCUCAUAACAAAUUCAAACAUAGAUGAGCUUAUGUAUACAUCUAAAUAGCAACACGACUAAUGAUAUACAAUUGCAGAAGGGCAAAAUACAAUCAAUAGGUGCAAUAGAAAUUAUUCAUUGUAACUUCAAAGUGCUACUUGCACAUAGAUAUGUAUACAUCUAUGAAGCA